AACCCAGCUUGAAGACAGUUCAUUUUCCAGUGACCAGAGACUCCCUCACCUCCAGAAUCACAGAAGCAACUGUGCUUUCAGAAUGAUUUUAUUCAAGCAAGCAGCUCAUUUCAUUUGCUUGUUUGCUACAGUUUCCUGUGGAUGUCUGACUCAAUUCUAUAAGAAUACCUUCUUCAGAGGUGGAGAUGUCACUGCCAUGUAUACCCCCAAUGCCCAGCACUGCCAGAUGAUGUGCACAUUCCACCCCAGGUGUUUGCUCUUCAGUUUUCUUCCAGCAAGUUCAACUAAUGACUCAGAGAAAAGGUUUGGUUGCUUCUUGAAAGACAGUGUCACAGGAACCCUACUGAGAGUGCAUCGAACAAAUGCCAUUUCUGGACAUUCCUUAAAACAAUGUGGCCAUCGAAUAAGUGCUUGUCACCGAGACCUCUAUAAAGGAAUUGACAUGAGAGGAGCCAAUUUUAAUAUGUCCAAGGUUAACAGUGUUGAAGAAUGCCAAAAAUGGUGUACCAAUGAUAUCCACUGCCAAUUUUUCACAUAUGCCACGCAAACAUUUUACAAAGCGGAGUUCCGGAACAACUGCCUGUUAAAGCGCAGCUCAGGAGGAACACCGACCAGCAUCAAGGUUCUGGAUAAUGUGGUGUCUGGAUUCUCACUGAAGCCCUGUGCACUUUCACAAAUUGGUUGCCACAUGAACAUAUUCCAGCAUCUUGCGUUUUCAGACGUGGAUGUGGGUAGAGUUACCACUCCGGAUGCUUUUGUCUGUCGGACCAUCUGCACCCAUCAGCCCAGCUGCCUCUUCUUCACCUUCUAUACGAACGCAUGGAACGUAGAAUCACAAAGAAAUGUUUGUUUCCUUAAGACUUCUAAAAGUGGGACACCCAGUUCCCCUACUCCUGAAGAAAAUGCCAUCUCUGGAUAUAGCCUUUUAACCUGCAAAAAAACUUUGCCUGAACUCUGCCAUUCCAAAAUUUACUCUGGAGUUGACUUUGAAGGGGAAGAAUUGAAUGUGACCUUUGUCAAAGGAGUGACUAUUUGCCAAGAGACUUGUACAAAAAUAAUUCGCUGUCAGUUUUUUACUUAUUCUUUACUCCCGGAAGACUGUAAAGGAGAGAAGUGUAAGUGUUCCUUAAGAUUAUCUUUGGAUGGUUCUCCAACUAGGAUUACAUCUGAAACAAAAAAGAUUUCUGGUUAUUCUUUAAGAUUGUGUAAAAUUGGGGAUGGCUCUGUCUGUACAACAAAAACAAAUGCACGUAUUGUUGGAGGAACAAAUUCUUCCUGGGGAGAAUGGCCCUGGCAGGUCAGCCUGCAAGUGAAGCUGGCAGCUCGGAGCCACCAGUGUGGAGGGUCAAUCAUUGGAGACCGGUGGGUCCUGACGGCUGCCCAUUGCUUCGAUGAGCUUCACUUCCCGGGCAUUUGGCGCAUCUACAGUGGCAUUUUAGACCUGUCAAAGAUUACAAAAGAAACACCUUUCUCACGAGUAAAAGAGAUUAUCAUUCACCAAAAGUAUAAAAUCGCAGAAAGCCAUCAUGAUAUCGCCUUAAUAAAACUUCAGGCUCCUUUGAAUUACACAGAAUUCCAGAAACCAAUCUGCCUACCUUCUAAAGACGAUGCAAAUACACUUUAUACCAACUGUUGGGUGACUGGAUGGGGCUUCACAAAGGAAAAAGGUGAAAUCCAAAAUAUCCUCCAAAAGGUGACUAUUCCUUUGGUAACAAAUGAAGAAUGUCAGAAAAGAUAUCGAAAUUAUGAAGUAACCAAACAGAUGGUCUGUGCUGGCUACAAAGAAGGGGGGAAAGACGCUUGUAAGGGAGAUUCAGGUGGUCCCUUGGUUUGUAAACACAAUGGAAUCUGGCAGUUGGUUGGCAUCACCAGUUGGGGUGAAGGCUGUGGCGCCAGAGAAAAACCAGGUGUCUACACCAAAGUUGCUGAGUACGUGGACUGGAUUUUAGAGAAAACACAGGACAGUGAUGGAGACACUUCAUGAGGUCGCCGGUGUGAAGAGACUGAGGACUGAGGAAGAAGUCAGUUUCUAACACUCACUUGACAACUCGGCUUCAAGUCAAAUACUGAGACUUGGAGUCAUCUGCAAAUCACUGAGAGCAGUUGCAUCUUUGUCAUAGGAUUAAAGAGGAAGUAGGAAGUUUCUGAGGACAGUGUCUUAUUUUCAGCAUUUAGUGACUGGGACCUAAUAAUAGGAGACGACAAAAGAAGAUCUUUAAUGUUGUUUGCUGUGAAGUAAAAUAGCAAAAGGCUAUGAUUAAGAAGG